AUGGCUCUGGAAACAACCCCGCUGCGAAGUGAAGAGGGAGAGCGCGACGAUGGCCUCGACCAAAGCGAAGCGUACGCUGCCAGUUUCGAUCCGGACGGCGGCUCGGACGAUCCCAUGCAGUGGCCCGAGGCGUAUAAAUGGGCCAUGGUGGUGCUCUUGGCCCUCAUGUCGUUUACGGUGACCUUCACCUGCAUCUCCGUCGUGCCGGUGGCCAGCCGCAUCGUCAAGGACCUCGACGGCGACAGCGACGAAACCCCCUCCCAGUCCGCCGGAGUCCUCCUCGUGACGAUAUGGGAACUCGGCGAGGCCGCCGGCCCGCUGCUCAUCGCGCCCCUCUCCGAGGCCCUCGGCCGCGCGCCCCUCCUACACGGCACCAACGCGCUCUUCAUCCUCGCCACGCUGCUGGCCGCCCUCUCGCGCAGCACCGGCGCGCUCGUCGCCGCGCGGGCCCUCACCGGAGCGGCCGUCUCGUCCAACGUGCUGUAUCCGCCCAUCGUGGGCGACGUGUUCCCGCCAGAGCAGCGCGGCCGCGCCCUCAGCGUCUUCAUGUUCGCGACGCUGCUGGGCGGCACCUUGGGGCCGGCGUUUGGCGGCGCCGCGGCGGAGGGCAUGCCGAUGCUGGGCGGUUGGCGCGCUGUGCUGUGGGCGAGUCUCGCGCUGGCGACGCUAUGCGAGGGGCUGGCGCUGGUGUUCUUUCGCGAGACGUACGCGGUUGCGAUUCUGCGGCGGAGGGCGGCGGCACGCAGACUUGGGGGUCGCGAUAAGGCGCUAUUGCCGGGUCCGUCGUCUGUAGGGGAGACGAGCCUUGGAACGAAGGAGGAGGGCUCGGCAGCUGGGUUCCACGUCUCGUCCAUCACGCGGCCGUUUGCCGUGCUGUUUGGGUCUGGCGUGCUGGCGUCGCUGGCCGUCUUCGGCUCCGUCAUCUUCUCGUACUUUUACGUCGUGUCCGUGACGCUGCCGACAAUCCUGGACGAAAUAUACGGACUAUCCCCCGCAGCUAUAGGCUCAUCCUUUCUGGCUAAUGGCAUCGGAUCUCUCAUCGGCAUCGCCAUCUGCAACCUAUCUCUCGACAGGAUUUACGUGAAGCUCAAGACGAAGAACGACGGGGUCGGGCUCCCCGAGUACCGGCUCCCACUCGCCAUAGUCGGGGCAUUCAUCCUCCCGCCGGGCGUCGCGCUCUACGGCUCGUGCGCCGAGUACAGGCUACCCCUCUGGCUGCUGUACGCGUCGGUGGUCUGGGUCCGCAUGGCCCUCAUACUGGUCUUUCUGCCCCUGAUGGCGUACGUCGUGGAUGCGUACGGCAUCUACUCGGCGUCGGCCAUGACGGGCGUCAUCGUGGUGCGGUGCCUGGCGGGUGCAUUCCUGCCCGUGGUGACGGUUCUGGUCAUCCAGGAUCUGGGGUAUGGGUGGGGGUUCGCGACGCUCAGUGCGUUGUGUCUUGUCCUGGGCUUCAUCCCGGUGGUGAUAAUGCGGUACGGGUCGAGGUGUAGGCAGGCGGUUGCAUACCCCUAG